UGAUCUGCUGGCCAGACCUAAAUUCUACAGGUGUUCUCCCCAACUAUCAUUUUUGUCGCCGUAGCAUCGGGGUCGUAUUUUCGUUCCAGAUUUUUCUUAUUUAACUAACAAUUUUUCUCACAUUAUAAAACGGAUGAUAAAUGACGUGCCACGUGCCGUAGACAUGUCACCACGAAUUAAGUCGGCCGCGCAGCACAGUCCCGAAGUCUCCGACGUCGUCAGUAAUGGCGGCCACAAAUUUCUGCCGCCUUGCCACGACUAACUCGCCGACUUCCUUUAUCGGCAAGGCGCCUCGUCGCCUAAGAAAGAAAUUUGAUAAAAAAAGGAGCCUCAGGUUUUGCUGGAUCCCCAAUUGCCAUGAUUUGGAAACGCCGAUAUUGAUCUUUAUUCUCAUUGUAUUAAAGAAAAAAAUUGCUUUUAAACAAUCUCGAAGCAUAAUGUCUCCACACAAGAUAAAUGCACUGUUUUGGGGACCUAAGAGGACUGCAGAGCAAUGGGAGCUGAACCCGUCACUAGGGACAUUCACUCUUACAGGGUCACCCCAAGAGGCUGUAUCUGCGACUGAAAGGAGGUCCCUGCUACUUCAUGUUUCUGUUGUUUCAUCGAUAUCAGAUAUUUCUUCGAAGGAGUGGGAUGCAUGUGCAAUAGAUGCAGCUGGACCUGAAAAGCUUAAUCCUUUUCUUGCUCAUGCUUUCUUAUCGAGUUUAGAAGAAUCAAAAUGUGCGGUGAAGGAAACGGGAUGGCUGCCUCAGCAUGUUGUUGCUCAGGAUGAAGUUAAUAAUAUCCUAGGUGUUGUUCCUGUUUAUCUUAAAAGCCAUUCAUAUGGAGAAUUUGUUUUUGACCAUUCAUGGGCUGAUGCGUACUACAGAUAUGGUGUUCGAUAUUAUCCCAAGUUACAAAGUUGCAUUCCCUUUACUCCUGUGACCGGUCAAAGAAUAAUGGUUCGCAAUGCCUGGUACAAAGAUCAGGUUUUUGGAAUUUUGGUUCAGGCGUUAAAGGACCUGACUGAGAAGUUUCAGUUGUCAUCAUUGCAUGUCACCUUCCCAUCCAAAAGUGAAUGGACUCAGAUGAAAACUUUUGGAUUUCUACAGAGAAUAGGAAUGCAAUAUCACUGGAAAAACCGUAAUUAUAAAAAUUUUGAUGAAUUUUUGAUGGAUAUGAAGCAAACUAAACGAAAAACUAUCCGUCAAGAAAGGAAAAAGAUACUUGUACAGAAUCUAAAAAUGAAGCGCCUUCGUGGGGAUGAAAUAAAGGCUAAGCACUGGGACUCGUUCUACCAAUUCUACAGGAACACAACUGACAAUAAGUGGGGUAGAGCCUUUCUAACAAGAGACUUUUUUCAUAAUAUGGGAGAAAAGAUGGGAGACAGUGUUUUACUUAUUGUAGCUGAAAAAGACGAAGAGCUUGUUGCUGGAGCUCUUAACCUUGUUGGAGGUGAUACUCUGUUUGGUCGAUUGUGGGGCUGCCUACCUCGUGCUUAUUUUCCAAAUCUUCAUUUUGAGGCCUGCUAUUAUCAGGCAAUUGAAGCAGCCAUUGAGUUAAAUCUAAAUAAGGUUGAGGCUGGAGCACAAGGAGAGCAUAAGAUACAACGUGGUUAUCUCCCGGUAACAACAUACAGCUGCCACUAUAUCUUGGAUGAUGGUUUUAGGAAUGCCAUAGCAGACUUUCUCGUGCGUGAGACAGAUCAGGUCAAACUUGUCAUGAAAUCGCUUAAUGAAUCUGGACCCUUCAAGGAGGGUAUCGAUUGAAACUCUUAACGGCAGAGAUGUAAAUAGAUACAUAUCAAUGUAAUUUAGAUUAAAACUCCUGCUGCCGCCACCUCAGCUGCUACAGUGUACAUAGAAAGAACACAAGAGCCCAUUUGAAUGCUCAGCAAUCUGGCUCACGACAUAUAAUGAACAUGGUUUACGUAGAAUUAAAAUUAAUAUGUUAUUAUUUUGAAGUCACUGUGCCAUUCUACUGCAUUUUUAUUUAUCAUCUAAAGUUCUACUUUUA